AUGUAUCCAACAGAAAGGACCUGCCCCCCACCACUGAUAGAGGCAGAGGAGAUGGCCCUCAGCCUGAACACAGGAAGACCAAGAAGAGUUCGCGCGUGUUCAUCCCCAGUUUUACUACGAGGAGAAGAGCCGCGGUCGAGUGAAGAGGAGGGCCGACGAGCUCCGGCUCCGGACCAGACCAGACCAGAACCGAAGCUGCCGCCGACCGGCUCCGCGCUCCUGCUGCUGCUCCUCCUGCUCUCUGGAGCUCGCAGGACUGCAAAGUCAUGGCCGCAGAGCUUCUCUCAGGAGGAGCUGAAGAAACGCCUCACGCCUCUGCAGUACCAUGUGACCCAGGAGCGAGGAACCGAGAGAGCCUUCACGGGGGAGUUCACCUAUCACAAAGAGGAGGGCAGCUAUACCUGUGCUGUCUGUGGGACCCCCCUUUUCAGCUCAAGCUCCAAAUUUGACUCUGGAUCAGGUUGGCCGUCUUUCUUUGACAUCAUGAAGGAGGACUCCAUCACUCUGUCAGAUGACUUCUCCCACGGCAUGCACCGGGUGGAGGCCACCUGCAGUCAGUGUGGAGCGCACCUCGGACACCUGUUCGACGACGGCCCCCGGCCCACAGGGAAGCGAUACUGCAUCAACUCUGCCUCGCUGGACUUCCAGCCCAAAGAUGCCGACUCCAACGGGGCAGCCGGCGCUGGAGCGGCUGGCACUUCAGAGAGUGACGGGAAAACCGAGCUCUGAAAGAUUCAAGACAAAUGUCUGGAAGAAGCUUUUCCUUUAUAGCGUUUAACGUGUUUUCACUAAAUCUGAGCUGUUGUGUUUGUGUGUCUGUAGAUCAGGAGCUGCAGCUUCCAACAAGAUGGUUCCUGCUCUGAAAGACGCGCUCCCACAGGAGUUUGUUUUUAACACUAAGUCAUUCUGGAGCAUCAGUCUUGCAGAGGAUGAACCAGCUCUUGGUCUGCAAAGUCCUAGUAUGUGUGGGGGGGGGUUGGGGGUGAGAUCUGUUUGUGCUCAGUCUUUCAUUUUGUCACUUCAAAAAUAAAGUCAGUUUUUCAAAAAAAGAUGUAAAUAAAUUUCACUAAACAAAUCAGAAAUCUCUGAGUGGAUCUGAACUCUCUGCUCUUAUUAUUUUUAUAAAUACAACCAAACAGGAAGUUCUGCCCAGCAGCAGCUUGUCUUGAAGAUAGUGCUGCCACAAACGAUUAUUUUAAUAGUCGACUAAUCACCGAUUAUUUUUUCCGAUUAGUUGACUAAUUGGGUCAUGCACAACGUGGAUGUAAAACACAUCUUAACCAUCAUUAUCUUUAAACUAACUUAAAACUGGAUAUAUUAACCCUAAAAUUAUCUGUUAUAAUGCUAGUGUGUUUAUGGUGAGAGCUGAAUUUGACCGCUGAGAUGCUAAAAUUGAUAGCUGAAAACGUUGAAGUUGAUAGCCAGCUAAAAUAUUAGUUAAAUGCCAAAUGAGCCUAAAAAAUAAGAAAGCCUAAGUUAGCCAAAAUACUUAGCAGGCAGCUGAAUACGUUAGCUAAAGUCCAAGAUAUCCUAAAAACAAAAAAGCAUAAAUUAGCCAAAAUAGCUAGCACUCAAUAACACCCUCAAUCGACCUGUAUAAGGAGAGACUUCUACUUCAAAUUUGAGGCGGUCACCAAUGUUCAGGCUAUUGAGCUCCAUCUGAGGUCUCGCCUCACACAUUAUGAGCAUGAGGAGCGUGCAAAAAAACUGUUGUCGCAUCAGUUAAAACAAUCAAUAAGUCAUGGUUUUAUUGCAGCAAUUAAAGAUGAGCCUGGAAAUGUGCUGAUAGAUCAAAUGGCCAUCAAUGCAGAGUUCAAACUGUUCUAUGAGAAACUGUAUACAUCUGAAGCCAGUGAUCCGACUGAGGUAGAUGACUUUUCUGCUGGCUUGACUCUGCCCAUUCUGGGGGACUCGGAUAGGAAUGCGAUGGAAAAGGAUAUCACUCUUUCUGAAAUUAAUAUUGCUAUCAAAAAAAUUAAAUCCAGUAAAGCACCAGGUCCAGAUGUAUUUGCUGCCAAAUUAACCCCAUUACUGUUUAAAGUUUUUGAGGAGAUUUUGGAAAGGAAAAUCCUUCCCACAACAAUGACGCAAGCUACAGUUUCAUGUGAAUCCUAUCGUCCCAUCAGUCUCCUUAACUGCGAUUGUAAGAUUCUUGCGAAGACUAGCAGGACGACUUCCUUCCUCCCAAAAUUGGUACACAUAGAUCAAACUGGGUUUGUUGUGUGAAGGCAGAUAUCUAGCAAUCUUCGCUGCGUUUUUAACAUUGUCUGUCAAUGUAAUGUUAUUGAGCCUGAAAUACAGAUCUCUCUCGACGCACAAAAGGCAUUCGAUAGAGUUGAGUAUAAUUUUUUAUUUACCACACUAAGAAAAAUGGGAUUUGGUCCUAUCUGUUGUUCCUGGAUUUCAACUCUAUAUGCAGCACCCCAAGCAUCGAUUAGGACAAAUAAAUAGUUUCUAGUUUUUAUCCUUUAGCCCGUGGCACAAGACAAGGAUGCCCACUGAGCCCCAUCUUAUUUGAUGUUGCUAUUGAGCCAUUGGCAGUGACAUUGAGGGAGUCAGCCCAACUGACAGGAAUACAGAGAGGAGAAAAAUCUCACAAGCUGUCGCUCUACGUAGAUGAUCUUCUACUCUUUCUAACCCACUUGUCACUAUCCCCAUCACUAUUAAUCUUAUAAGCAAAUUCAGCAGACUAUCUGGUUGCAAAUUGAAUCUAUCUAAAAGUAUCCCUUUUCCAAUUAACCAAGCAGCCCAGGAGAUGGAUCUCCAAAACUUCCCUUUUAGAGUCAUAAGGGAUCACUUCAACUAUUUAGGUGUCUGCGUAAUCCAUGGAUAUGACCUGCUCUUUGAAAACAACUUCAAAAAGGUGUUAGAUGAUGCAAAAGAGGAUAUGGAUAGGUGGUCAAACCUUCCCCUGUCCCUAGUUGGAAGGGUUAAUUCAGUAAAAAUGAUACUGAUGCCUAGGCUUCUAUAUUUAUUCCAGACUGUACUAGUCUUUAUUCCAAAAACAUUCUUUAAGGAACUAAACAAACAUAUCUCUUUGUUCAUUUGGAAUAGAAAUGUCCCUCGCAUUAGAAGAGAGUUCCUACAAAGGCCAAAGGAAGAUGGUGGACUGUCAUUACCCAACUUCCUCUACUAUUACUGGGCAACAAAUAUUCAUAAACUCCUAUUUUGGAUUAGGGAUCCAUCAGAGGCUGAAUCUCCAUCUCGGGUUCACCUUGAACAGUUUUCCUGCAAUCCAGUUUCACUUGGUUCUUUGAUGUGUAGUCCACUUCCUCUGAGCAAACGACUUUGGACAAAUAAUAAGGUGGUCCAGGGAGCUCUAAAAACAUGGUUUGAGUUCAGAAGACAUUUCAAACUCAAAGAUCCACUAAUUGCAUCUCCAAUUCAGUUCAAUGUUCAUCACUAACUCAUCUAAAGGUCAAGUGGGAACAGGAAUUAGGUGAACAAUUAACUGAUAAAACUUGGCAAAUGGGAAUUAAAAGGAUUCAUUCAUCUUCUAAAUGUAUUAAACACAGUUUAAGAUGUUGCACAGGUUGCAACAAGCAACCUGAAAUAUUUGUUUUAAUGUUUUUUGUGUUUGAAAGAUUUUUAAAUAGAAUUGUUUUCCUUGAAGAACUUUUCUGACUCUUUCUGUUCUGCAGAAGAUCAAGAGUUUAUACACAAAACUGAUGCAAAUGAAGCAAAAACACUUUAGUUUGGUUAGUAUUGGAUAAAUGAUGAUAAUAUUCAUCUAAAUGUAAUAAAUUCUACAAUGAAAUAAGACGUGAGGUAAAAAAGAGGAAACAUUGAAUAAAUGUCAGUAUGUUUCAUGAAUAUAUCAGGGAUAAAGAUAUUCUCAUCAAAUGUUUGAAGAUUUGUGGUUCUAUCAAAGCUUUGUGGCUGUUCUUCUGUCCUUAAGAAAAGUGAAAAUAAAUUAAAAAAAA